AUGUCCUCGUUGCCCCGAGGCUUCGAGCCCCAAACUCUGGAGAACUUGGGGCAGCGGAGUUUGACGGAGCUGCGGGAAAUGUUGAAGCGCCAGGAGAGACUUUUGCGCAACGAAAAAUUCAUUUGCAAAUUGCCCGACAAAGGUAAAAAGAUCAUAGACUCCGUUGCCAAACUGAAAGUGGCCAUUGCAGGACGUGAAGAGUCUACAGGAAAAAGUGAACUCUUUCAUCCUGUUAAAGUAGAUUCUAAAGUAAGGCAAAAAGUGAUUGCAGUGGUUGAUGAAGACACAGCAAGGGCUCAGAAUUCUGAACAGAUCCUUGAUACUUCAUCACUAGUUCCUGGUUGUUCCUCUGUAGAUAACAGCAAGUCAUCUAAAACAACUUCACCAAAACAUGAAGUUGAAGCUCUCUUUCACAAAAGCAAUGAAGGGACUUCAGAGGCAGAGGAAACAGUUCCCAGUAGCAGAGCCAGUGCAUCUUCCUCAUCUGAAGCUAGCAGGUGUCUCCCUCAGCGUCAUGUUUCAAGUCAAGAAGAAGCUACGUCCAGCAUCUCUGACAACCUGCUUAUUGAUAGGUUACAAAGGAUUACAAUUGCAGACCAAGAGAAACAUGGCUCAGAAGAAAACACAAGUAGUGAUAACCUGACAGGCUUUCCUAGUGGCACUCAGAAGAAGCCACAUUAUAUGGAAGUGCUAGAAAUGCGAGCCAGAAACCCAGUGCCUUCAUCUCAUAAAUUUAAAACAAAUGUAUUACCUUCACAACCAAAGGAUUCAUCUAGUCUGAGCCAGAGAAGAGUUGCUCCUAUUUCUUCAGAUGAACGGAGGCAGAGGGACAAGAAACAUAUUGAUGACAUCACAGCAGCUCGGCUUCUACCGCUUCACCAUAUGCCAACACAGCUGCUCUCCAUAGAAGAGUCUUUAACACUGCAGAAACAGCAGAAACAGCAGUAUGAGGAAAUACAAGCCAAGCACGCAGCACAAAAAUUAGCUGAAAAGCUGAAUAUUAAAAUGCAGAGCUAUAAUCCAGAAGGAAAGACUUUGGGGAAAUACCGAGAAGUGACGGAUGAAGAUGAUCAGUGCUCUGAUGAUGAAUUGUGA